UCGCUGACUCGCCCUCGCAAGAUCGGCUCCCGACCGCGAAAAUUAGUGCAUGUCGUUCGACGAACGUUUCCAUUCGAUCCCGAAGAGAUGGAAGUGUUGAUAGACGGUUAUUUCGACAAGCUGUUCUCUGAAAUGGAGCGCAGUUGCCUGGCCUCGCGAUACAAACGUCGCGAGUUGGUCAGCUACUUCUCCGAUGUGAUAAAUAGCUGCGCGGAAGCGGAGAACCUGGACAAGCAGGACGUCUGCGAGAGAAUAGUGAUGUCGGCCCUGCGCUACCACAACAUUACCAUGAUGGAGAACGGCUAUGUCUGCAUGUUAGGCAAGUUCCACAACGUUUUGUACGUGGCAGCGAAGCUCUGCUUCGACUGGAACCUCGACAACAACGAGAUCGUCUCCAGACUACUAAACGACAUUUUCUACUGCGAGAAGACCUUCGAGCGGAUACUGGUGGGCGCGAUCUUUGGCACGCGGGUGACGCACUUCCUGUCUGGCUGGAAGAGCGACUUCGAGGACCGCGAGGAGAACAUUCGAGCGUUGAUGUAUUUCCUGCACCACGCUACGGUUGGACGCCUCGAGUACAGAUGCGAGUCGUGUCCCGUGAAGAGGCGUCUGAUCGACAUACCCAUGGAGUCCUAUGGCCAGGCGUUGCCUCUGAGGGUGGCCAUUCAACACGGUUCACCUGACAUUCUUCUGGUGAUGCUACGUUACGGAGCCUCGGUAGAACCUGACAAUCUGGCUCCAACACCCUUGGAGAUGCUCCUGACGAGGCUCAGCGAGUACGACCCUAUGCCAGGCAAACAGGAAGUAGUCUAUCCCGCACCCUUGCUCCUCUGUCUGAGAAUGGUGCUGAGAACCGUGACCACCGCCUUCGUGAAGACGCCCAGUCACAUAGCUGACCAGUGUGGGGUCUCCAGCGUCUCCCUGUACGAACAGUACCCGAAUCUGGUGGAACAGAACCUGGUACCACCCGAGAGAAGUGGUCUCAGUCCACCAGAACUCAGACACCUGUGUCGUUGUCGCAUAAGAGAGACGCUGUUCGAGAACUGGGCCUUGCCUCAUGGGAUAAAGACCUUGGAGAUCCCAGCGUCGCUGAGGGACUACCUAGAUAUUCUUUGCGACUGAUAGUUUUGAGAUUUGAGCUCCAGGUGCACGCGAUGGGACGCGAUGGAUAUCUCUUGAGACUGAUUUAGGAGGUCUUCUAUUUCGAUUUAGAUAUUAGAAACGUGUUCCCAAACUAUUGGAAGCUUGGACAAUUGACACGUCGUGUUCUGAUUUUACUACGAAAGAUGAAUCUCUUCGAAUAAAAUAUUUCGAAGCUACAGGCAGUUUCUAGAAUGCCCUCGAAGUUCAUUGAAACUGUAAUUGAAACUCGACGUGACGUUCCAUACGAUUCAGCGGAAUCAAGUUUCGAAGUUCGACGCACGACAUGCGUGCACCGACUGAACGCAUCGACCGAAGUGCCUUGAAGUCGUCCAAUAACUUUUCACUGCAAUUUCAUUCCACGGAGCGUUUCGCGUAUUAUAGAAAUCGGCUAAUCGAGUUGAAGCAGGAAAAGAACACAAAAAUUUUUAUCGAGUUGCUGCGCGCGUAAUCCAGCCAACGGUGAAUUUUUUGACGUCGAAAAUUCGCGCGAUAAGCGUUGAAACACGAGACAAAUACUAACCAUUUCGGAAUCCUGACUGGCUUGACAUUGUUCGUAACAAAAUUACGUUUUCGCUUGGAUUCAGUAGGUUGAGGACAACUCGCACCAAGUUAAGGGAAAGUCAGGUUCAAUAGGUCCGCGAUAAUUAUACGCUGUAAUAUCCCGAGGCUAAUGAAUCCUGGGAAUCAGAGAAACUCUUUUUUGUAUCACGGACGCUUCGAGUUUCUGCAUAAUGCGUGUGUCGCGAAAACAUUGUUAUGCAGAACUUUCACGAAUAUACGCCUUUGUCGUUUAAUGAUCACAGAGACAAAUGGCUGUUGUUUUAAUGCGGUGUCUUCGAGGAAUCUCACUAUUUAACAACAUUCUUACGCGUUAGUUAGUGUACACACAUUAAAUGCCAGAGCUGAAAUUGAAAUUUCAAUCAAUUAACUUUAAUUUCUGUAUACGUGAUUGGAUCGUUACCUAUAGAAAUAGAAAUUUAAAUAAAAUUUGCUUCUAUCGACUCGUUACAUGCGUACGUGGAUAAUUUUUAUUAGUGAAUCUUUUAUUUUUCGACGUUUCGCCGCUGGAGCGUGCAAUAAUUAUGAAAUAUUACGACAUAGUUAAUCGAAACGGGCCGACUGGAAUGGAUUGCUAGAGCCAAGCGUAUAAAUCUUUCGAGACACCUGACGCACAGGUAAUAAAUUUGAUUUUCAAUAUUUUAUACGAGUGUCUGCAGACGUUUAAUGAAUUCGACGUUCGAUCUGUCAAUCAAGAGAAGUCGAUUCUCGCGACGAACGACGGAAACAGUAAAAUGCUCUGGAGAUCGGCUGUCGGACAUUGUAAUUGCAUCGACACGACUGCUGUUUUGCAUUAAAUCCUACACCCAUCCCUGUGCAUCUAAUAAAUAUCCCGGAUGGAUGUCCGUUCGCGAUUCCGCUGGGAUUUUUCUGUUUGCUCGUGUAACUGAAUCUACUAAACAAUUUAUUGUCGUAACAAUGCCCUGGGACACGAUUAGCAUGCGUCCGUUGUUAACUCCAGCAGCGCAUCGAGUAUGAAAUACAUUUUACUCGGUUGUACAGCGUAGAUUAUGAAUCUCGAUUUUGUAGCUCAAUUAAGAUAACGAACGAGGACCACAGAGGAAAUGAAAUGUAAACUAGAUAAGGUAUUACUGAUUAAGAGACUCGACGAGAGGAGUUGAAAUAAUUUGGUUGUAUCUGUAUA